AUGGCUCGCGACACCUUUGCUACUAUGGGGCUGGACCUCAUCGGAUCUCGGAUCGACAAUGGGCGCCUGGUGCUGCUCAAAGUCCUCGGUGUCGGCGCAUACGGAGUCGUGUAUCUCGCUCAGGACACCUGGCAGCCGCAGCCUACAUGGCUCGCCGUCAAGUGUCUCCUUCGAGCCGGUCUCGACACACGGCAGCGCCACUUCCAAAUGCGGGAGAUUGGGCUUCAUCAGCUGGCGGGGAGACAUCCGGGCGUUGUCAAGCUGCACAAGGUGAUGGAGGAGGACGGUCUGAUCUUUAUGAUCAUGGACUACUAUGACGAGGGAGAUCUGUUUGGGAUGAUCACGGAGAAGCAGCGGUACCUCGGGAACGACGAGUUGAUACGCAAGGUCUUCCUGCAGAUCAUCGAUGCCGUCGCCUACUGCCACUCAAUGGGCAUCUACCACCGUGACCUCAAGCCGGAGAACAUAUUGGUGAUGGACCAAGGGCGGAAGGUGUGCAUUGCAGAUUUUGGGUUGGCGACGUCGGAAAAGGCAUCGACGGACUUUGGAUGUGGAUCCACGUUCUACCUCUCCCCCGAAUGCCAAGGCGGCGCCUUUGACCGCGUCAACUCCUACAUCACCGAAUACAACGACCUCUGGUCACUCGGCGUCAUCCUCGUCAAUCUCACCUGCGGUCGGAACCCCUGGCGCCAGGCAACCCUGUCGGACGAGACUUUCGCCGCCUUUGCGCACAACCCCAACUUCCUCCGCACCAUCCUACCCAUCUCGGAAGAGACCGACUAUAUCCUUCAAGGUCUCUUUGACCUUCAGCCGAACGAGCGCACUCGGAUCCCAGAGUUGCGCCGGCAGAUUCUCGCCGUCAAGCGGUUCACCAUGUCC